GUAUUUCUCCCAAUUGAAAGUCGUCCGUCGCGUUGCGUAGGUUGUGUGCCUGUCCGUGAGAGAAAACGCAAACGGUCCGCGCCUUUAGCAGGGAAGCGAAAUUCAUCCUAAAACGUACAAGUCCACCGCGAGGAAAAGUCUCCGUGCGCCUUAUAUAGUUAUAAGGCGAAGGCUGUCGUCGUUGUUCCGUGAUAGAAAAUUUGGCAGCAGAAUUUCGUUUUCCACACCUAUUCAUCGAGGUGUGUGCUUGUGUGUGUGUGCGUGUAUGUGCGUUUGUCUGCAGUAGCGAGCGUGUGCAAAUUUUGAAGUGUGUUAUGAGCAUUGGCAAGGCAGGAGCAGCGAUAAUAAGGAGCGUUGCACUUAAACAGAAUAUCAGAAAUAUCUUCUAGCAGCUUCCAAGUGUGUGUGUGUGUGUGUGUGUGUAUGUGCGUGCCUGCUCGAAGAAAAGGGCGUACAUCUCUGUGUUAAAUCGAGAAAGCGGUAUAGUAAAAGUCAGCAAGAGCGAGCGUUCAGCAAAGGCUAUACAAAAAUCGCCUCAAUUCAACCACAGCUAGCAGGAAAACAUCAGCUUUCGAAGCGAAACGGGGGGAUAAAACCAAUCAUACAUUCAAGUAGUUGCAAAACGAAGAGCUGCGAGCUGCGCUUUUGAUACUCAAAAAGUGUGUGAUUGUGUGAGAAAGUGCCGUACGUUAAGCGCUAAAUUGAAUUCGGAAAGGCAGGAGAAAGUUAAUCAUAAUCCUGUGUCUUAAAUUGUGAGCAACAAUUUCCACAACACAAACAUUUGUCCCGACAGCCAAGACAGGACGACAUGAACGGAUACACGGAUCUGCCCACAAACAUGGAAAACAGCCGGAAUUGCUUGCGACGAAUCGCCCGCCACGAUGACCAAGAAUUCUCUAACCAAAGCAUAUUGAAUGCGAUGGAAACGUUUGUCAAGACUGUCAACAUGAUGGAUGAAACGAUAUUGGUUCCCUGCAGAUUGAUGGAUCGAAAGGUUGGUGAUGCUACGGACACGGUACCGGUUGCACCAAAAGCACAACACCAUGGAGCACAUCAUGGAAAGAAAUCAAACCGUACUUCGAUACGCGAAGUCCUGAACACGGCGGAACUGUUUCAAAUUUACAACAUGUUGAAAAUAGUCAAAGUAGAUUUGCUUUGGGGACGCCAGGAUGCGGAAGAUAAUAUGGAAGAGUCGGUUGUUAUGGGUUCGACGAAAUCAACCUCGUCAAAGGUUAACAGCAAUAACACAGACACCAAUGUUACGAACAGCUCCGCCACAAGCAGCACUAGCAGUAACACAACCUCGGACGUGACCAUGAACACCAAUAACAGCACCGGAUCCUCAGUGGCCGGAAGUGAAAAAGUAGAAGCAAACAGCAGCAUCAGUCCUGCCACGACGACGGCGACAUCGGUGAAGGGCCAUAUUCGACGCCCGAGCACGGUAUCAGUAGCUUCCUCCAACUCGGCGAGUACGCUGAGCGAUUCCGACAGUGAAACGUCGGCGGAAAACGACUCAGGUAUCGAGUCGGAGGGCAAUCAAGAGCAGGAUCGUAGCGCUGAGCUUGCCAAACAGUUUCGCAUGCAUCUGAUCGGGCUGUACCGGUCGCUUGAACAGAUGAGUGAAGCAGCCAACUAUUUGACGGCUCGGUACCAGAGCGAUGUUGGGCCGGUUUAGACAGGGCCUUGCAUUUUCUGUUCGGGUUUGUAGCAGAUUGUCAGCUCACAUCCAAUAUUGAUAGUACACUAUUAAGCGAGAUUGUUGUUGGUUUCUCGUGACCAGAGAUGAGGUUCACAUUCCCGGCUGGAUCAUAUUCUGUACAUUUCUAAAGCAAUCAUCUGUGCUAUUCAAUUCAAUGACCUCAUAAUAAGGAAAACUCACUUGCAUUUGCUAAGAGGAUCCAUUAGCACGACGUGCAGUGUAAUUGAACAGCAGAUGUAAAAUAUCAUCAUCUAUGUAGGCAGAAUGAUCAUAUGUAUCAUGUGUAAUGGAUAAAGUUUGUGCGUGUAACAAAGAAAUUAAGAUCUUUCAAAUUGUUGACCAACCGGAUAUGAUGAUCUUUAGUGCCUGAUCAGCAACAAAAGAAAGGAAUGAGGUACGCAAUAUGCCACAAAACUGUGGUGAUAGAUUUGAUGAAUGUAUGUUCGUUUUUUCGUAUGUGUGCGAUGUGUGCAUGUGAGGGAUUGGGUUAAGAAAGAGAAAGGACGUAUGUUUGGUUCAGGUGGAUUGGCUCAGAUAAAUCGAAGUGAGAAUUCAAAAUCUGUCGAUCAGUAUCGGAAGUAAAAACAAAAAUCAUGAAAGCAUAUAAGUGCAAUCCCAGUAAUGCUGUUGCAUAGGCAAUGUUACUGCGUUUGCUGAAUUUUUCUUCGAAUCCUGUUUGAUAGAGUUCAUGUAGUGUUGUUUCUUCUCAUAAACUACCAUGUACCACACAUGCGUGCUUUGGUGAAACAAUCCUAAAUAGCGAUCUUCUCACGAAAAGGUUGCGUACUUGAGACUUUCUUUUCCAAGCUUUAUGUAUAUUAAAUUAUUUAUAGCUUCUGUAAAUUGUUUCCUUUGUGGCAAAAGAGUUGAUCAUAUUGGAAGUGCUAGAUAUUUGUGACCGGCGCUGAUUUGUUUGGGUGCAUGUUUUCGAAUACGUCAUUGAAUACACAUGCUUGGGUUGUGGGGACACAUUGAGGUAUAAGUUAUCCUUCGAACUGCAACAUACAUCUGCAAAACGGAUAGUAGGAUAGUCUGACUUUAUAUGUAGAGGUUUGCAUUAUCAGGUACUAUUUUAGGACGUUUUAGGAUUUUCGCAGUGCAGUCAUCAACGUCCUAGAUAGUGAGAUUGCCGAAUCAUUUGAAUUGAAUUCCUUGUAUGUACAACAAACUCGAGAGUAAAGGAAUAGUACUGCUCACAUCCCACACUUAUAGAAGCUGCAAAAAAUGGAAGGUGUUAAUUUGCAGAUAAUAAUUUAUUUAUUCCGGCUUAUUAAAUUGCCUAUCCCAGUUACAAAAUACUAUUUUCCAAUCACUAUUCGGAAUAUAAAACAAAUGUGAUGGUCAAUAAAAUAUGUAUGAUUUUUUUUGUUCCAAUAUUCGAUA